AUGAAGCCAAUCGUGUCGGCGAUGAACGCCUGGUCCUGUGUCGUUAUUUCUGUGUUUGCCAUUGUCAUUCUUUCAGUUCUCGGCUCUCUCUACGGCAGCAAUAACCACACGGUGAUGGGAUCUGAAGAGGACCCUGAGGAUGGUCCUGCCGUCGCCGCUUCUCUGUACACUGCUGUUGUCGUCUACGCUGUACGUCAUCUCACAUUCCAGCCCCUCCGUCGAAGCUCGCCGUCGCUCGUCUACAAGUUCGCCUUGAGCUCGAGUCAUACUACCAGUUUGAAAUGUUGCUGA